UGAGCCUCCUGCCCUUUGCAAGCAGGUUUGGGUCUCACUCAGAGGAAACCAAAAGCGGUGAGAGGGAGGGGAGGCAGAGCGACCAAUCAAGGGCAGGGUGAGGCUCAAAACCGGCGGGCUCCCUGGGGAGCCGGCCAGAGGCUGGGGCAAUGGCGGAGCUGCAGCAGCUGCAGGAGUUUGAGAUCCCCACGGGCCGAGAGGCUCUGCGGGGCAACCACAGCGCCCUGCUGCGGGUCGCCGACUACUGCGAGGACAACUACGUGCAGGCCACAGACAAGCGGAAGGCACUGGAGGAGACCAUGGCCUUCACCACCCAGGCACUGGCCAGCGUGGCCUACCAGGUGGGCAACCUGGCCGGGCACACUCUGCGCCUGCUGGACCUGCAGGCAGCCGGACUGCGGCAGGUGGAAGCCCGUGUGAGCACUCUGGGCCAGAUGGUGAACAUGCACAUGGAGAAGGUAGCCCGCCGGGAGAUUGGUACCUUGGCCACCGUCCAGAGGCUGCACCCCGGCCAGAAGGUCAUUGCUCCUGAGAGCCUACCCCCGCUCACGUCCUACUACAGGAAACCCCUCAACUUUGGUUGCCUGGAUGACAUUGGCCAUGGGAUCAAGGACCUGAGCACGCAGCUGUCGCGGACCGGGACCCUGUCUCGCAAGAGCAUCAAGGCACCUGCCACCCCCGCCUCUGCCACGCUGGGGAGACCGCCCCGGAUCCCCGAGCCCGUGCAUCUCCCGGUGGUGCCCGACGGCAAACUCUCCGCCGCCUCCUCCGCCUCCUCCCUGACCUCGGCGGGCGCGGAAGGUGUCGGCGGGGUCUCCACCCCCAAAGGGCAGGAGGCCCCCCCCCCCCCACCUCUUCCUGACUCCACGGUCCCGCUCCCCCCACUGGCCACCGAAGUGUUCCUGCUGCCCCCUCCUCCGGAGGAGCUGUCUCCACCGGUCCCAGAGCUGCCCCUGCCCCUGGAUCUGCCCCCACCUCCACCCCUGGAUGUAGAUGAAUUGGGGCUGCCGCCUCCACCACCCCCAGGCUUUGGCCUCGAUGAGCCCAGCUGGGUCCCUGCUACAUACUUGGAGAAAGUUGUGACACUGUACCCGUAUACCCGCCAGAAGGACAACGAGCUCUCCUUCUCUGAGGGCACUGUCAUCUGCAUCACCCGCCGCUACUCCGAUGGCUGGUGUGAGGGCGUCAGCUCGGAAGGGACUGGAUUCUUCCCCGGGAACUAUGUGCAGCCAAGCUGCUGACCACUCCCCCAGCCUUCCAUCUAGGCUCUGCUCUGUGAAAGCAUCUUGAGCUCCAGGCCAAAGCCAGCUCCACCACCACAGCUGGACUAGGCUCGUGCACCACUGGCAGGGAGGAAAGGAGUCCUGGGCAGAGAGGGGAGGUACCCAGAGGCCUGCUGCUAACAGGCAAGAACUGGUUCUCUUGUCUGCAGGGGACCCCUACUCAAGGCAGGGCAGGGUCUCCAGCAGCAAGUGCCAACUUUGAAUAAAACCCUAGUGACUUCC